AUGGCCGGCGACGACGACACCUACCACCCCAAGGACGCCAUUAAGGCUAGCAUCACGGCCUCCAUGGCCCUUGGUGGUGCCGGUUUCUUCAUGGCCGCUGUCCACAAUGCCCUCCAGAAGCAGAAUGUCGGCGCCAUGUCCGUGUUCACCCGCAGCGGCAGCAUCAUCGCCGUCAUGGCGAUCGGUGGUGGCGCUUACGGCUUCACACAAUCGGCAAUGGCCAACCUGAGACAAAAGGACGAUGCGUGGAACACCGCGACUGCCGGCUUUGCUGCCGGUUCCAUCCUCGGAAUGACGACCAGGAAAAUGCCCGUCGUGCUGGGCCUGGGUGCCGCCUUCGGCGCGUGGCAGGGAGUUUUUCAGCUCACCGGCGGACGUCUGAGAGGAUGGUCAGAAGGCAGACUGGACGAGGCUGAGUUUGACAACAAGAUUGCCCAGCGCGCGGCCAAGAGACGCCCGAUUGAGGAGACAAUUGCAGAGCUUGGCGAGGGCCGUGGCAUCCGGCCGCCGGGCUACGAGGAGCGGAGACGCGAGCGGCUCAAGGAGAAGUACGGAGUUGAGAUCAACCCCGUCAAGGCGACUGUUGAGUAA